UCAAAUUUUGUUUGGGGUUUAAGAAAAAAGGGAAGGGGAAGGGGAAGCUUGACGACGCAUAUAUCUCGUACAGCAACAACUCGAAGCUGCUGGCGGUCGGUCGUCUCUCUCUGCGAUGGUUUCCCUCUCCACCUGGUGCCGGUACAUAGCCCACAAGCUCGAGUACUCUGCCACUCUCAGCUUGAAGAACUAUCACAGAGGUCAAAUCACGGACAAAGAAAUGGGUGAUGCUCUUUUUAAAAAUCUAUUUCAGGGAAGGCUGACAUACUUGCAUUGGAAUAAAGGAGAGGAGAUGGCCCCUAGUAUAGGGGCACAAGGGGGAACUCUUCUUGUUCGGAAGAUACCAGCUGCAGAUCCAAAGCGUGUCUUUGUUGGGGAUGUAGUGGUCUUGAAGGACCCCGAGAAACCAGAUAAUUAUCUUGUCAGAAGGUUGGCUGCAAUUGAAGGGUAUGAAAUGUUGUCUACGGAUGAAAAGGAUGAGCCCUUUGUCCUUGACAAGGAUGAAUGCUGGGUGCUGGCUGAUAAUGAAAGUUUGAAGCCCAAGGAAGCCAAUGACAGUCGAAAGUUUGGGCCAGUUUCCAUGACAGGCAUAGUUGGCAGAGUCAUAUAUUGUUUACGAACAGCUGUGGAUCAUGGUCCCGUGCAGAACAGCCAUUCUAGCAUGCGAAAGGAUGCACCAGUUCUACAAGUUGAAUUGGAUGUCGAUGAGAUGGCAAAAAACCACAAAGCCUGAAGUAUGUCCUCGUAAAGCAAUGACUGCUAAUUUGGUUUGUACCUACUUUCCUCCCAAUUGCUUAUCGAAUCAUUUUUCUUCUUUCUCUGUUCUUCCUCUUCUUUCGAGUACAAGAAGAAAAAUAAAGAUGGACUUUCAAGUUGUUAUUGACUCGUGAGAUUGUUGUACGUUUAUCGUGCUUGUUCAGGUGCUCCUACUUCAGUAAUGGCACGUUUUGUUUUUGCUGAAGAAUACAGAAGCAGCCUGUAACGAAUUUGAGUUAGAGCGGUAUUUGUCUUUUGACGGAGUUUGGAACAGCGCUGUACUCCGAAAAACUAACACAGAGAGAAGAAAAUCUAGACGCUGUCAAGUUUUUAGACCUAUAUUUAAAUCCUUGGCAUGUCUGUGUGUUGAUCCUUCCGGCGGAAUAUACUUUCGUGUGUUUCAACAAGAUCCAUUUAUGCUU